UUCCAGGUUUCCGGUCUCCUGAGCGUGGAGUGAACGCUCCAGCGGCGGAGUCGGCGGCCGUGGUGGUCGGUGAUUGGAAUACCCUAGCCAAACAUGGCUUCUUCUCGAGCUUCGGCCACGGCAACCAAAACCCCUACUAGGACUCCUGAAGAUACUGCCUCCCCUGUAGUAAAGAAGCCUCAUAUCUAUUAUGGCAGUUUGGAAGAGAAGGAGAAGGAGCGUCUUGCAAGAGGGGAGUCAGGGAUGCUGGGAAAAGAAGGAAUUAAAGCUGGAAUUGAGGCUGGAAAUAUUAACAUAACUUCUGGGGAAGUCUUUGAAAUUGAAGAACAUAUCAGUGAAAGACAAGCCGAAGUGUUGGCUGAAUUUGAGCGAAGGAAGCGAGCCCGGCAGAUCAAUGUUUCCACGGAUGACUCAGAAGUCAAGGCUUGCCUUCGAGCCCUGGGUGAACCAAUCACACUCUUUGGAGAGGGCCCUGCUGAAAGGAGAGAGAGAUUGAGAAAUAUUCUCUCUGUUGUUGGCACAGAUGCCUUAAAAAAGACCAAAAAAGAUGAUGAAAAAUCCAAAAAGUCCAAAGAAGAGUAUCAACAAACCUGGUACCAUGAAGGAUCCAACAACCUGAAGACCGCUAGGCUGUGGAUUGCUAAUUAUUCACUACCCAGGGCAAUGAAACGCUUGGAAGAAGCCCGUCUCCAUAAAGAGAUUCCAGAGACCUCUAGGACAUCCCAGAAGCAGGAAUUGCACAAAUCUCUCCGGUCUUUGAAUAACUUCUGCAGCCAGAUUGGAGAUGAUCGACCCAUUUCCUAUUGUCAUUUCAGUCCCAACUCCAAACUACUGGCCACAGCUUGUUGGAGCGGGCUGUGCAAACUCUGGUCUGUCCCUGAUUGCAGUCUCCUACACACCUUAAGAGGCCACAACACCAAUGUAGGAGCCAUUGUUUUUCACCCCAAAUCCACCAUUUCCUUGGACAAAAAAGAUGUCAACCUAGCUUCUUGUGCCGCUGAUGGGUCUGUGAAACUGUGGAGUCUAGAGAGUGAUGAGCCUGUGGCAGAUAUUGAAGGCCAUUCGGUACGUGUAGCAAGAGUGAUGUGGCAUCCCUCAGGACGUUUUCUGGGCACCACCUGCUAUGACCGUUCAUGGCGCCUGUGGGACUUAGAGGCCCAGGAGGAGAUUCUACACCAGGAGGGCCACAGCAUGGGAGUGUAUGACAUCGCCUUCCACCAGGAUGGUUCUUUGGCGGGCACUGGGGGACUGGAUGCAUUUGGUCGUGUAUGGGACCUGCGCACAGGACGAUGCAUCAUGUUCCUAGAGGGCCACCUGAAGGAGAUUUAUGGGAUCAACUUCUCCCCUAAUGGUUACCACAUUGCAACUGGUAGUGGCGACAACACAUGCAAAGUGUGGGACCUUAGGCAGCGGCGUUGCGUCUACACUAUUCCUGCCCACCAAAACUUGGUGACUGGAGUCAAGUUUGAACCUAUCCAUGGGAACUUCUUGCUCACUGGUGCCUAUGACAACACAGCCAAGAUCUGGACGCACCCUGGUUGGUCCCCACUGAAGACCCUGGCUGGCCAUGAGGGAAAAGUGAUGGGCCUGGACAUUUCCUCUGAUGGUCAGCUCAUAGCCACCUGUUCCUAUGACAGGACCUUCAAGCUCUGGAUGGCUGAAUAGACCAGGUCCAAUGGACAUGAGUCUGUAACUCAGAUGUCUGGUCCCAAGCACUCCCUUUCCUGCCAGUUUGGUCAGAAGAAGGGGAUCAGUGUGGAGCGUAGCAAGUUCAACUUUGCCACUCACUGUGUGUAGUAGGGGUAGGUUUGCCCCAAGGCAGCCAGUCCAAGUGGUCCUGGGCUGUUCCACCCCAAUUUUCAGGGGCUCUGCAAUGGACUGUGUCGGCAUUACCGUUUUUUUUACUUCUGCUCUAUUGAAUUCUUCCCUUACCGUCAUCAUCUUCUGUUUGUGUGCCCUGUCCCUUUCUCUACACCCACUGGAUUAUGGUAUCUUUCUUCCCUUAAUAGAACCUCCAUCAUGGCCCCUGAAGCCUGUCCUUCCAAGUCAUGGUCAUGUGCUGUAAUUGUGGCUGGACUUCAGCUUGGAAGCUGACAAGUGUAGACGUGUACCUGGGCGUGCACUGCUUCACAUUUCCAUAGUAUCAUCAGAGGAUCUGACCUUCCUCUGAGAGUUAAAGGAUGAACCAGGAGAACACAGACAACUUGCCAAGGACUCUGAGGACAAGGAAAGUUGUUCCUUUCCUAUUGAAUUAACAUGGAAUGCUGAAGCAAAUUACAGCAGAAAAUUUGCCUGGGAAUUCUCUCUUCUAUGCCUAUUCCCAUGUGGCUCCAGUGCUGGGCAUUCUUUUUGUGUGUCCCCCCCAAGCAGGGGGUUGUGUCAGGAAUGAAAGGUAAUAAAAAGAUAACCAAUGAGGCUUCCGUA